AUGAGAUCCCGGCACCUGCACCUCUCCGCCGCCUCCGGCGCCCGGCCCUUGGGAAAGCUGCUGCUGCCGCUACUGAUGGCGCAAUUUUGGGCCGCGCAGGCGCUGCUCCCGGGGAACGACACGGGCUCGGACCGCGCGGCCUCGGGCGCCCGGUGCCCGCGCCGCUCGCAGCCCUGGCAGGUGUCUCUCUUCCACGGGCUCGCGUUCCACUGCGCCGGCGUCCUGGUGGACCAGAGAUGGGUGCUCACGGCCGCGCACUGCGGCGACAAGACGCCGCUGUGGGCCAGAAUCGGGGACGACCACCUGCUGCUCCUGCAGGGCGAGCAGCUGCGGCGGACCACACGCGCCGUCGUGCACCCCAAAUACCGCGGGGGCUCAGGCCCCAUCCUGCCCAGGCGGACAGACGAGCAUGACCUCAUGCUGCUGAGGCUGGCGCGGGCGGCCGUGCUGGGGCCCGGCGUGCAGACCCUGCGGCUGCCCUACCGCUGUGCCGAGCCCGGAGACCAGUGCCAGGUCGCUGGCUGGGGCACCACGGCCUCCCGCAGAGUGAAAUACAACAGGAGCCUCAGCUGCUCCAGGGUCACUCUCUUGAGCCCCCAAGAGUGUGAGGUCUUCUACCCGGGUGUGGUCACCAGCAACAUGGUGUGUGCCGGAAUGGACCAGGGCCAGGACCCCUGCCAGAGCGACUCGGGCGGCCCCCUGGUGUGUGGCGAGACCCUGCAGGGUGUCCUGUCCUGGGGCGUGUACCCCUGCGGCUCUGCCCAGCACCCAGCCGUCUACACCCAGAUCUGCAAGUCUGCCUGGAUCCGGAAAACCAUCCUCUCCGGCUGA